UUCAGCCGUCGAACCCUAAUCCAUGGCGAAGAGUAAAAGGCAAACGCGACCUGCUCCCCCGGCUCAAGGCGUCUUCACUCGAAGCCGAGCGGAGAUCUUUGUCCGCCGUACUCGAUCCGGCCUUGUCCGCACCGAACUCGAUCGGAGAUCUGCGCUGCGCCCGCUUGAUCGCUCCUCGGCUGCAUAUGACGCGGAUUCUAGCGCCUUCAUCAAGGAUCUUCGGGCUAGGAGAAUUUUCUCCCCUGCAUCCAUCUCCGUUGAGGUAUCGCCCCAGAAGACUGACGUCAUCGUGCCUAUAUGUCGGGAGAAAUUGAAGGAUGAUGAUGGGGAAGAGGGCGAAAUUCGUCAGAGAGGUGGCGUAGUUGAGGAGAUGCCGGGCAAACCUGACGUCCCUAUGGAGGAACCAAUGGAGGAAGCUGUGAAGGCGGUGGGACAACCUGAUGUGUCUGAGCAAGAACGGAUCCAGGAGGCGGUUGAGCAGAAAGAUGCACCCGAGGAGGAAUCCAUCCAGAAAACGCCGCUGGACGAUCAGAAUUGCAUGGAAGUCGAAGCCAUGGAUGAAAGCAGGCUUGAUGUGCUUGUGGAGGAGCUAAUCUUGAAAGCUGAGAAGGGGGUGGAGCAACCAGAUGUGCCUGAGGUGGAUCUGAUUCAGUGUUCUCCACCGGAUAACCAAAAUAUCAUGGAACUCGAAACUGUGCUAGAGAACAAGGCUGAUGGAAAUUUGGAUCUGGAUCUUCUUCCUAAAACCAUACCUGAUGUGCCAGAGGAGAAUAUGUUCCAAAAAACUCCGCCGGAUCCCCAAAAUUCUAUGGAAAACAAUACUUUGAACAGGAACCGAAUAACAGAUGUACCACAGGCCGGCUAUGGUGGAAAGCUUGAAUCAGCCCAUCAUACUAAAAGCAGACCUUUUUCCUGUUCAAAGCUGGUCCGCAAUCCAAGUUCUUUCAGUUACAGAAGGCUGCUGCCCUUCCUUAUGAAUCUUGCAAAUGACAAUUUAGAUGUCAAAGAAGUCGUUUCUUGCAAGAAUUAUCCAAUGAAAGAAGAUAAUUUUAUGGAAGAUCGGAAGUCAGUGCAGAAUGGCCAGCUUUUGGUCGCGGGCUUAAAAUGUUCUAUUCCACUGGAACCAAAUGAAACUUCAUAUAAAAUGAAAAACAAAAUAAGUGCAAGCCCUGAAAAGCUUCCGGAAACAAAUGCUAGUCCUGAAGAGAUUUCUCAAAGAAAUGAUAGACCUGAAAACAUUGCUGAAACAAAUGCAUGUCCUGAAGGAAUUCAAGAAACAAAUGCUAGACCUGACAAGAUUGCUGAAAUAAAUGCAAGCCUCGAGAAGAUAACUGAGACAAAUGUAAAUCCUGAAGAAAGUCUUCAAAGAAAUGCUAGACAUGAAAAGCUCGCUGAAACAAAUGCAAGCCCUGAGGCAAUUGCUGAAACAAGUGCAAGUUCCUUACUCAUUCCUUUGGAUGGGGUUCUUAAUGGAUUUGGGGUACCAAGAAUCAACUUGGUUGAUCAAAGGCGAAUGAACGAUAAUGAGGUUAAAUUUGAAUCUUUGGUUAAUAAUUCCAUUGUUGAAUCGAAGCUUCAGUGCUCUCCAUCUUGUUCCCCCCCUGCUGUUCAUGAAGCAUUAUCUAAAGAAUUUGCUGGUAAUAUGCAAGCUCUAUCAUGCUUGCCAAGAAAACCUAAGUUUGACCAAAGUAUGCUGGGUCAUGUGUUACAGAUUGAUAGGAAGUCUCGUCCAGGGAUGCUUCCAUGGGGAUUCCCUCAUUCCUUAGAAAGGCAUGAACUUGCUCCUAGGAAGGGGAUUAUGAAAAAACACACGAGAGGCUGCAAGGGCAUUUGCUUAUGUUUGGAUUGUGUUUCAUUUAGGAUUCAUUCAGACAGAGCAUUUGACUUCUCUAGAAAACAAAUGGAACAGGCAGAUGAGAUAAUAUUAGGUCUAAUAAAGGAAUUAACAGGACUCAGAAAUCUAGUUGAGAGGUCUGUUGGUGCUGGGACAAGUGUGCUUCUUCAACUCAAUCAGGAGCUACUGCAAGGAGCCUGUUUGAGGGCCUUAAGAGCAGAAGAGACAGCGAAGAAACGUUGCAAGCAAAUGUUUGACGACCUAAGAGGUCACUGCCGAAUUCCUGGUCCAAGGGUGACAUUUGCUGAAAGUGUUGAAGAAAGGAUACUUCCUCAAGAGAAGCACGAACUAGAGAUAUGGGAGAGGUCAAGUUAAGGUUUUGCUCUUUCUAGUUUAUUCAAGGUUUUUCUGGAUUCUGUAAUUAAUUAUAUUUACGUUUGAUUUAAUAUAUCGAGGGGUCAGCAUCUUCUCUCAAUUGAGAAAAGCAUAGUCGAUCCAAAAUUCGUUGGUUCGGUCAUCUUCCUAUUCCGGUAGUCUUCUAGGAAGAUGGUGUAGUUCCUACUGAAGUACGGUUUCUAGCAACAUUGGGCUGUUGUUUCUUCAGAUUUUGUAGGAUAGAUGAUUCUGUAUUGUAUAACUCAUCUUCAUUUAGUUAUCAUCUGCUUUGACU